AUGGGGCCCAUGGAUCUGGCACAGGCUGAGCCGUGUGACUUGCUGUGCCACACCUCUGCUGCUUUUCCGACGGUAGCCAGCGGCGGGAUGCCCCGAAGCCUCGACGAAAGGUCGUUAAUGCCUGCCCAGAAGCUGCACCUUACACUGGCGGUUCUCACACUGCGGUCGGAGCAGGACGUGGAGGCUGCCAAGCUUGGUCUAGCCAAUGCCGCUGCCGAGUUUGCCAAAGAACACCCUGGGCCACUGAACUUUCGCCUUAGCGGCCUGGACUCAGACGGUGACGCGGUUCUCUUUGCCAAAGUGCGGCCGGAGGACGAAGCCAGCCUUCGCUCCCUGCACAGGCGGAUCCAGGAGCGGAUGCUUGCGGGCGAAGGGGCAGUUCCGCCGAGCACCUCACCCGCCUCACAGGUCGCGGAACCUGAGCAGGUUCAGAAUGACCAGGAGCAGAUCACGACCGCAUCCAACGAGAAGCUCAGCCGGUACCUGACGCGCGUCCUCCGUCACGAUGCCGUGCGGCUCGGGCUAGCGCUGCGAAGUGAUGGUUCUGUGGGGCUGCAGGAAUUGCUCGCCUUGCCUUUCUUCAAGUCAAACGGCUUUGUGGAGAAAGAUGUGGAGGCGGAAGUUCGCUGCAACAACAAGCAGCGCUUCCAGCUGUGGACAGAAGAUGGUGCUGGGCGUAUUCGUGCGAGCCAGGGCCACAAGAUGAAGGAGGUGGUGGACUCGGAGUUGCUGCAGCCCGUCCAACGUGCGGAAGAUCUUCCUGUCUGUAUCCAUGGAACCUACUUCACGAAGUGGAGCCCGAAGAAGAAGUGCCAGGUGCAAGUCUGGAGCCAAAUCAAGCAGGAGGGGCUGAAGCCGAUGGGACGCAACCACAUACACUUCGUGCCCCAUGAGGUUGGUUCUCGCACGGUCAUCAGCGGAAUGCGAGAAGACUGUGCCGUGGCCAUCUACCUGGACGUGCCAAAGGCGCUCGAGCAGGGAAUCAAGCUGUACCGCUCCGCCAACGAUGUGAUUCUUACGCGUGGGGAUGAGUCUGGCAGAAUACCUCCGGCUCUUUUCCAACGCGUGGUGGAGAUCAAGAGCGGCCGGCCAGUUGAAGAGCCCUGCAUCGACACGACCGACAGCGAGACGGCCGACGAGGUCGGGCAGGGCUUCCAUCCGCACGUGAAACUGGCAAAGACCAGCAGAGCUCACGGCAAAGCGCGGAUUCCGAAAGCUUGUUGGCAGGAAUUCCGAGACACCGACCUUGGACCAGUUGCUGUGGAUCGUUUGGAGCUUUGCCGGAUGAAGGCAGAUGCAGGAGGCUACUACCAGAUUGAAGCUUCGGUCCCGCUUGAUCAUCGAAGUUCAUAA